GCCACCACACAGACUUCACCGACGCGGGCCAGCAACGGCGGCAAUUAGUUUUUUUCGCUAAGUGGCAGCCAAGCAAGUCAUAGUAUCAGACCGUCGGCCGCAGUGAGAGACUUCCAGGUGGACACCUCGCGACACACCGAGACCAGAGCUGCGCGGUUGCAAUGAUCUCGCCCAAAGUCAUGAGCGAGCUGCACCAGGCCAAGCUCGUGCCCACGCAGUUCACGGUGCCCAAGCCGGGCGAGCACGCGUGGUCCCCGGCCGAGCAGCGCCGCUUCUGGGAGGCCAUCCAGCGCUUCCCGCAGGGCCCGUGGACGGCCAUCGCCGCCUACGUGGGCUCCAAGUCCACGCGUCAAGCCAUGACCCACGCGCAGAAGUUGCGACAGAAGCUCAGCCGCUGGAAGCGCCGCGUGCGCAGCGACUCGGUCAGCUCCGCGUGCAGCACCGGAUCCAACAACUCGAGCGCGUCGGCGUCCGUGACGACACCAGUUGAGGGGUCAGGCGACGGCCCGCAGUCGCCGCCCGUGUCGCCGACGGAGUACGGCGAGAUCUCCAAGCUCAGCAUCAUGGACCACAUCCAGGAAGAGGAGGACGACGAGAAGAAGAGCUUGGGCGACGACGACUGCGAACCGAUGUACAUCAAGCCCGAGUUCAAGGACGAGGUGCACCAGUUCGCGGACCACGACCAGGUGCACGACGCCCACGACGACCGAUAUCUUGAACACUUGCUGACUGACAUUGAGCCGGUGCUGGAGCACGUCGCGCACUUCACGAACGGCGGGCACGGACACGGCGCCGCGGACGCGACGCGACCAGUAUCGACGACCGACUACGGAAGUGAGCAGGCAGUCUACUUCACGCACAACGUGGACAUGGCGGCGUCCGAGCAGAAGACGAUGGAG